AUGCUGGUUGAUGCUGGGUUGAAACAGCGAGACGAAGUAUACCCAACCCAGUACCCAGUACACAGUACCCAGCACCAGUACCAGUACCCAGUACCCAGUACCCAGUACCAGUACCCAAUACCCAGACGAAGUAUACCCAGUACCCAGUACCCAGUACCCAGUACCCAGUACCAGUACCCAGCACCAGUACCCAAUACCCAGACCAAGUAUACCCAGUACCAGUACCCAGUACCCAGUACCCAGUAUCCAGUACCCAGUACCCAGUACCAGUACCCAAUACCCAGACGAAGUAUACCCAGUACCCAGUACCCAGUACCCAGUACCCAGUACCAGUACCCAGCACCAGUACCCAAUACCCAGACCAAGUAUACCCAGUACCAGUACCCAGUACCCAGUACCCAGUAUCCAGUACCCAGUACCAGUACCAGUACCCAGUACCCAGACCAAGUAUAUCCAGUACCCAGUACCCAGUUCCCAGUACCCAGUACCCAGCACCAGUACCCAGCACCAGUACCCAAUACCCAGACCAAGUAUACCCAGUACCCAGUACCCAUACUCUUGGCAAGAAGGAAGAGUUCAAUCCGCAAGGAGUUACCUAAGCAGGACAUGUCUGUGUCGAAUCCUUUGGGUCUUAUGAAGACACGAAUCAAAGCACAGGAGAAGGAGGAAGUAAAGGUAGGCAAGCGCAGUGGGGGUAUUUGGAAAGGAUGUGGAGGACCAACAUCCAUAUAG